CGAAGGGUCAAAAUUGUACUCGAUCCUUUCCACUCUGGUCAAGCGCAAGUGAGAGAAUCAGAGAAUAGAGAUGGACUUUUCGCAGACCCCGUGGCGGAGCCGGAAACCGCCACCGCCGAAGCUGACGGACAUCUACUCCACCGUCGGCGUCCAAGGCAACCACAAGCACAAAAAUGACGCCGCAGAAACGGAUGCCUCGGACCUUUACGCCACGGUUGUCUACAAGGGCGACGUCGACGUCGACGUCGACGUCGUUGAUGAUCCAAACGACGACGAAUCGCUCCCUCCGCUGCUUAAACGACUCCCUAAGGACUUCGGCGGCGGCGGUCUAAUAGAUUCCGAUUCCGACAACGAGGCGGCCUCAAUUUCCGGGACAAUGAUAGUCAAGACCAGUCGCAGCUCGAUGUAUUCAAAUCCGGCGUCUCCGUACCUAAAGCCUCGCUCAGGACCGGCGUCGUAUUGGGAGCGGAGUGAGAGAAAAUCUGAGGAUCAGGGUGAGGAAGAGGAGGAGGAGGAUGAUGAUGAGGAAGAGGAAGUUAGUUUUUCCACUUUCGUGGUGAAAGAUAGCGAGUUUGAUGCGGGGACGGUGGAAACGAGGACGAGAAAAAGUGGAAGCGGCGGAGCUAGUGGAUUGUCGACGAUGAGUAGAGCUGUGGCGAGUAUGCAGGCCGUGGGGGAGAUUGGGCAUGCGAGGCAGAGGAAAAGCGGGAGUGGUUGGGUACAGGAGGAGGAAUUAAGACCUCAAGGGAGUAAGGUCUCUUCCAGCUCCAUUCCAGAGAGUGUCACUAAGGAGGAUCCAUCCUCUAAGUACGAAUUGCUGCAUGAGCUUGGGAAGGGUUCAUAUGGGGCAGUGUACAAAGCUCGAGACCUGAGGACUUCAGAAUUGGUUGCAAUUAAAGUAAUAUCAUUGAGUGAAGGGGAAGAAGGCUAUGAAGAAAUUCGUGGUGAAAUUGAGAUGUUGCAGCAGUGUAGUCAUCCAAAUGUUGUUCGUUACCUUGGGAGCUACCAAGGGGAGGAGUACCUUUGGAUUGUGAUGGAGUAUUGUGGGGGUGGAAGCGUUGCAGAUUUAAUGAAUGUCACUGAUGAGCCACUUGAAGAGUACCAAAUAGCAUACAUUUGCAGAGAGGCACUGAAGGGCUUAUCCUAUUUGCAUUCGAUAUUUAAAGUUCAUAGAGACAUUAAAGGUGGCAACAUUUUACUGACUGAACAAGGAGAGGUUAAGUUAGGUGAUUUUGGUGUUGCUGCUCAGCUGACUAGAACAAUGUCCAAGCGUAACACGUUUAUUGGCACGCCACAUUGGAUGGCUCCUGAAGUUAUUCAAGAAAGUCGCUAUGAUGGAAAGGUAGAUGUAUGGGCUCUUGGAGUAUCUGCAAUUGAAAUGGCAGAGGGUCUUCCUCCAAGAGCAACAGUCCAUCCUAUGAGGGUACUAUUUAUGAUAUCUAUUGAGCCAGCCCCAAUGCUUGAGGAUAAAGAGAACUGGUCUCUUGUGUUUCACGACUUCAUUGCCAAGUGCCUCACAAAGGACCCCCGUCUUCGUCCAACUGCAGCAGAGAUGCUUAAGCACAAAUUCAUUGAGAAAUGCAAAAGUGGAGCUUCAGUUAUGCUUCCCAAGAUUGAGAAGGCCAAGCAAAUUAGGUCAUCAAUGGCUUUGGAAGCACAAAAUAUUGUUCAAGAGCCCCUAUUACCAGGCGCAGAUCUAGGAGUUCCAAAAGUAAAUGAAGUCUUUGGGGAGACUGUUCCCUCUAAGGCUAAUGUUGGUCUUCAAGUUGCUAAUGGAGUGUCACCUGCAAUUGGUUCUCAAAACUUGGUGGAACCUACUGGAGAAGGUGACUUUGGGACCAUGAUAAUUCGAGAUGGAGUUGAUGUAGAUAAAACAGCUAGUCAAACUGCAUUUAUAAAUGCAGAGUCAUCAUCUACUCUUAGGCUUAGGCAUCAUGAAAGUGCUCAUAUCGACAAGGCAACUGAACCUAGGUUGCAAAAUGAGGUAGAUGUUAGCUCCCCUAAAGGGACAUCACAACCUGGACAUGUGCAAAUUACUCCCCCUGAUCAUGAUCUGAAGGGAAACAUUUCACUAAGCAGAACAAUGAAGAAUGAAACUGUCAGUAGGAAAGCUUUGGAUAAGCUUUGGUCAAUAUACUCAGCUGGUAACACAGUACCAAUUCCCUUCCUGAGGGCAACUGAUAUAUCACCCGUCGCACUUUUGUCUGAAAAUGUGCUUGGGGGUUGGCAGCAAGAUGAUAGUGGGAAGAUAGCUGUGGAUGGAGUUCAGGAACUUUUAACUGGUGAUGCUCAGCUAAAGAAGGGUCGAGCUAGACAAAAUGAGGUUCCACUUCCUCCAAGUGUAUACCAGAGACUAACAUCGAGUCCUACACUAAUGAAUCUCACACAGGCCUUAGCUUAUCACAGGAUGUGCUAUGAAGAGAUGCCGCUUCAAGAAAUGCAAGCUACACAAGAACAACAGACCAUUCAAAACCUUUGUGAGACUCUAAGAACUAUUUUACGAUUGUAGAUGAAGGAUGUAUGUAUAUUUGCAGUUACAAACUAAACAUGUUUAUGUUGUGUGCUCAAUUUUAAGAUAUGUAUGCUAUUUCAUAUUGAGUUAUUGUUGCCUUGAUUGAUAUUC